AUGGUGGCAUCCUCGACCGCUUCGCACCUCGAGAGGGAGGACCACGGCCGAGAUGCGGCCUUUAACAAGGCGAUGCACGGAAGCAGCGCGCAGGCCACGGGUGGUAUCGCCGCAAUUCUAAAGAAAAACACGGCCGCCCAGAAAGUAGCAUCGGAAGAAUACUUUAAGCAUUGGGAUAACAAGGCCGCCAAAGACGAAACUGCAGAGGAUCGAGCAGCCCGCACAGCUGAGUACGCGACUCUCACGAGGCAUUAUUACAACCUUGCUACCGAUCUGUACGAAUAUGGCUGGGGACAAUCGUUCCAUUUCUGCCGCUUCUCAUAUGGCGAGCCUUUUUACCAGGCCAUUGCAAGACACGAGCACUACCUUGCGCACUGCAUUGGCAUCAAAGAGGGGAUGAGGGUCCUCGACGUCGGCUGUGGUGUCGGCGGACCAGCUCGUGAGAUCGCCAAGUUCACCGGAUGCCACGUCACCGGCCUGAACAAUAACGACUACCAGAUUGAGCGCGCCACCCAUUACGCUGCCAAGGAGGGUCUUUCUGACCAGCUUGAAUUCGUUAAGGGUGAUUUUAUGCAAAUGUCGUUUGCCGAUAACACCUUCGAUGCUAUUUACGCCAUCGAGGCGACGGUUCACGCGCCAACGCUAGAGGGCAUCUAUAGCGAGAUUUUCCGAGUGCUUAAACCUGGCGGUGUCUUCGGCGUAUACGAAUGGCUCAUGACGGAUCAAUAUGACAAUGACGACCUGCACCACCGAGCUAUCCGAUUGGGUAUUGAGCAAGGUGACGGUAUCUCUAAUAUGUGCAAGGUUUCAGAGGCUCUAGCAGCCAUCGAUGCGGCUGGAUUCGAAAUGCUUAUGCACAAAGACCUUGCAGGGGGUGACGAUGCCCUCCCAUGGUACUGGCCCCUGUCGGGAGAGCUGAGGUACAUCCAAUCUGUCGGUGAUAUCUUUUCCAUCGUGCGCAUGACGCGGUGGGGCCGGACAAUCAUGCACAACCUGGCUGGCGUGAUGGAGAAGGUUGGCCUUGUGCCGGUCGGUACGAAGAAGACCGCGGACAGCCUCGCGCAUGCUGCCGAUUGUCUGGUCGCUGGAGGCAGGGAACAUCUCUUCACCCCAAUGUACCUGAUAGUGGCGAGGAAGCCGUCGAAUUAA